CUAUGUUUGGGCCCAUUAUAUAUAACUAUGCGGUGGUGCGAAUUGGCACACAUUGUUUUCGUUCGCCAAACAUAACAAACCACCAAACACCAACAUGUUGACCUUUGAGGAAAUCGUUGAGAAGGCAAAGGCAUUCAGCAAGAACGUCACCAAGGAGGACUUCCUGGAGUUCUACGGCUACUAUAAGCAGGCCACCGUUGGCGAUUGCAACAUCGAGGAGCCCGAGGAGGAGGACAAGAAGGCCCGCUACAAUGCCUGGAAGAGCAAGGCUGGUCUGACCGCCGAGGAUGCCAAGAACCACUACAUCGAGGUGUACAAGAAAUACGCCGCCAAAUACGAGUAAAAUGUGCAUUUCAAUUAGUUUGCAUUAGUUGAUUUUUGUGAACCCAUCACAAAAACAAAUAUUCAUGCCACAAUUGCCCGUUGUUAACAAA